UCCGAAUGCCAAACAGUACUUUAAAGUUUGGUCACUUGGCGCAGAAUGUGAACUUUGAAAUUGUAAAAACAUUUUAACAUUCAAUGUCAAUCGAACAAUUAGAUAUACAUCCAAGAAUUCUGAAAGCUCUUAGAAAAGUUCAUCUUGUAAAGUUUGAGAAAAUACUAAGUCUCUCGUCGCCUGAUGUUGCCCGGAGUACCGGCCUCUCUACCGGGGAUGUGCAAGUCUUACAGGAGGCUGUGGCAGAGGCCAUUCCUAAACCACCUGUCAUUACUGCUCUGAGUAUUUGGAAUGGGUGCUCUGAUGAGUUUAAGGUCAGAAAGCUUUCGACUGGCUGCACUGUGUUUGAUAAACAUCUGAGAGGUGGCUUUAUCUCGCGGGGAAUCACAGAAAUCUGUGGAGAGAGUGCAAGCGGUAAAUCUCGAAUUAAAGUUCAUAUAGGCCUGUUUACAGACAUGGGUUCUGUCACCAUGGAGGCCAAGGUCUUUACUUUCUUCAACUCGGGGUCAUCCGGAGAAAGAGUGAGAUCGUCUGUUACUCUAUCUGCUGGUGAAUUUACACUAUUCCAUAGAAAUUCUGGUCCUGUUAACCACUUGGAAUUCAUGAAAUCUGUGACACUUAUGCCACGUGAUGCAUCGUCUGCUGGAUUCUCUUCACCCUUGAGAAGGAUCGGUAUGUUCUCUGAUCUGCUGCACACGCGGUACUCUCCGAAUGCUUGUUAUUUUGUGUCCUGUGCUGUACCCCCAGGAGCUGUGUAUCUGUGUACGGAGGAUGUGUUUCCCAAUAAGAGACUGUACCAGCUGAUCCAUCACUUCUCCAACAAGUGGGCGUCGCUCCUACAGGAACACGGCCGUCUCGGAGACAAGAUCUUCGUGGAACACGUCGCUGAUCUGGAUGGUUUGCAGUUCUGUAUUCACAAGAAGUUCCCAGUGUUGCUAGCCAAGGGUGUGGUCCAACUGAUAGUGAUUGAUUCUGUGGCUGCUCUUUUCCGCUGUGAGUUCGACACGGGUCACAUGAUUCAACGAGCUAAACACCUUAGUUCCUUUGCAGCACAACUACACAGACUGGGCUACCAGUACAACAUUCCAAUCAUCUGUGUUAAUCAGUAUGGCCGUCUGGUGAUUGUAAUGCACAUACCUCUGAAAAGUAAAGCUUAUGGAGACGAGCUGUCCAUGGAAAUACACCUUAGUUCCUUUGCAGCACAACUACACAGACUGGGCUACCAGUACAACAUUCCAAUCAUCUGUGUUAAUCAGGUCUCUGCCAAUAUGUCAUGUACUUCUAACACAGGUAGAGUAAGCAGGCAUAUUCCAUCUCUGGGAUUAACGUGGGCCAAUCAAGUGACGUCACGAUUCAUGCUGUCACGCACAGAUCAGCAACUCACUGGCCCAAAUGAUACAGAGAGUGUUGUACGACUGUGCGAAGUGAUGUUUGCACCAAAUCUGCCUCGUGUGACAUUUCCAUUUGUUGUAGACCAGCAGGGAGUGAAGGGAGUAGGCUAGAAGAGAAGUGCCUGUGGAGGGUUGAGGGAAUAGAACUGAAGGGAAUCUAUGGAGUAGAUAAGCAGGGGUUACGAGAGUAGGGGUUAAGAGAGUAGGCCAGCAGUGAGUCCAGGAAUUUGACCAGUGUAAGAUCUAGUGAGUAAACCAGUGGGUGUGGUCAAGAUAAUAGUCUAUUGCUAGUAUUGGGGAGUUGAGAUAGUAGGCUAGUGGGGAUUUUGUCAAGGGAGUAAGCCAAUGGGGUGGGUUAGUGGAAUAGACCAUUGGGGAGUCACAAACGUAGCCAGUAGGGUAGACAAUGUCAUGGGAAUAGAUCAGCGAGGAGUCAAGAGUGAUGAUUUGAGGGAAUAAGCUAGUAAGGAACCAUGGAAGUAGGUAAAUGGGGAGCCAUAGGAGAAGACCAUUUGAUAGUCGAGAGAGUAGACUAGUGGCCAAUAAAGGGAGUAUUCAAUAGGGUUAAGGUGGUGGACAUAUCAGGAGUCAAAGGGUGUGGGUGAGUGGGGAGUCAUGAAAGUAGACAUGUCUGCAGCUGUACAGUGAGGAGAUGAAGUAAAACAGUAGGAUGUCAGGAUUGUAGACCUGUGGGCAAGUAGAUCAUUGGGAGGCUGGGGGAAGUACACCAUCAUUGGGGAGUGGAGUGAGAAGACCAUUGGGGAGUGGAGAAGUAGACAAGUAGGAAGUGAAGUGAAUAGACACACAAGUUGGGAGUCAGGUGAGAAGGAAGUAGGCCAGUGGGGGUGGGGAAUUAAGUGAGUAAACCAGUGGGUAGUUGAGGCAGUAGGCCAGUGGGGGUGGGGAAUUAAGUGAGUAAACCAGUGGGGAGUUGAGGCAGUGGGAGUGGGGAAUUAAGUGAGUAAAACGGUGGGAAGUUGAGUAAGUAGGCCAGUGAGGGUGGGGAAUUAAGUGAGUAAAACAGUGGGAAGUUGAGGCAGUGGGGGUGGGGAAUUAAGUGAGUAAAACAGUGGGAAGUUGAGGCAGUGGAGGUGGGGAAUUAAGUGAGUAAAAUGGUGGGGAGUUGAGUAAGUAGGCCAGUGAGGGUGGGGAAUCAAGUGAGUAAACCAAUGGGGAGUUGAGUAAGUAGGCCAGUGGGGGUGGGGAAUUAAGUGAGUAAAACGGUGUUGAGUUAAGUAAGUAGGCCAGUGAGGGUGGGGGAAUCAAGUGAGUAAACCAGUGGGGAGUCGAGGCAGUAGACCAGUGGGUGUGGGGAAUUAAGUGAGUAAACCAAUGGGGAGUUGAGUAAGUAGACCAGUGGGGGUGGGGAAUUAAGUGAGUAGACCAGAAAGUAGACCAGUGAGGGUGGGGAAUCAAGUGAGUAGACCAGUGGGGAGUUGAGCAAGUAGACCAGUGAGGGUGGGGAAUCAAGUGAGUAGACCAAUGGGGAGUUGAGUAAGUAGGCCAGUGAGGGUGGGGAAUCAAAUGUUUUUAGAACUUGUAAUUUGUUAUUUCUCUGGCUGUGUAUAAAAAGACAAUUUUUGUAUGUAAUGACCUAAAUACAUAAGGGGGGGGGGGGGGCGGCAUGUGCCCCCCACUUUUCAGAUAUUUUGCUUUGUAUUUGCUUUAUAAUAGUGUAAAAGUGUGUAAAUAUAAAAGUGUGCCCCCCACUUUUUGGCACCUUCCUACACCACUGUGUUCCUUUAAUCAGUCAUCAUAAUCGGCCGAUAGAAAGAGUGGUUGCAGGAUAAAAAAACAUUAAUUAAUUCAUGUACAUGAUAAGAAUCUCACAAAAAUGUCUACGUUAUUAAAUUAUGUGUUUUGUGAAAUAAAACGUUAUUCUAACAUCA